UCACACCGGAAGGUGUCAUUUUUGCCCAUGCUCGAAAGUAUCGAAUGGUGUCCCGCCGCCAAAGGAAAAAGAAUCGGCGGCGCUGCUUUCCUCUUAAAGGGACAGUAGCGUCCUCCGACGCUGGCGGCCUUCGUGAAGCUGCGGUUUUGGAGAGAAUGAAAAGGGGACGGGAGGGCUUACCAUGGUCAGCUGCUCCUUACUGGCCUCCCUGCGUAUCUGCCUGGAACGACAUCCACCUCGGCUCCUCUUCUUGCUCCUUUCAUUGGCUGUUGCCUUUGUUGGUUUUGCUGUCUACAUCCAGUCACACGAUAUUCAUAAUCCUGAUGUCAAAGAGGAUUGGGACUCUCUGCUGAAAUCUCUUGCACAUUUAAUGUUCUGUAUCACAAAUAAAACUCAGCCAAAUGUCAUAUCACUUCCUUCAACUGCUGAACCUCCUACAACUAUAUCUAUCAUGGUUGGCUUGACCUUUGAUGUUCACAAUGGCACAGAUCUUCCCAAUGAUACACAUUUAGGUCUGACCAUCAGUGGGACAAAAUUGGGUUUCAGAGGUCCAGAUGCCCAGAAAUCAAUUCAUCUCUUAACUGUUAUCACAAAUUCAUUAUCCCAUGAGAAUUGCCUUAGGAUCACUGCACCUUCAUCCCUUCUCCCCAAGACCAGAAAGCCACCAAAAUGUGUAAUAGGGAAACAAAGCAUGACUUUGGAAAUGCCAGGGAUUUGCUAUCAAUCACGUUAUCAAACUAACCCUGCCCUAUCCAGCAUGCUAGAUCAGGCGGACCGCAACCUUUGCAGCCAGCGCCUCCUCAUGACCAGUGCUUUCCUUCUCUGCCUCUGUGCUAUGUUGUGUUGUGCAGCUGGCCUAUAUUAUCGCCUCCCCAAAAACAAAUGGGGCCAACUCUAAGUGAAUCAAGCCAGUGCUAUUCAUUCUACAUUCCAGAAUACUCAGGUGUCCUCCUUUUUCUAAACAGCUAUACCAUGUAAAAUUGAUUGUUUUUGGUUGGUGUGCUGCUAUUUUGGUUCACAAAAUAUGAUAAACAACUUAUUAAAUACAAAAAAAUGUAA